AUGUUAAAAACACUCUUGCUCUGCUCUUUGCUGAUCGUAGAUGUCGGUGCUGUAUGCACCAUAUGCUCAUUGCUUUCGGACUAUUCUGAUGAUAUGCCUACCAUAAGAACACUGCCAGAACCAAGCGAGAAAUAUCGGCGACAAUCAUUAGACAGUUCCGAGCGACAAGUGGUCGGAAGCUUCUCGGAUUUAGUGUCUACGGACGAUGGAGCAAAUCCCCUUCGAGGACGUGGACGUUUUGACGCGAACAUUGAGAGACCGGGAGUAGAACCGAAGCAAAAAACCGGUACUCAGCUGUUUGAUUUGUUCGAUACAAUCGGUAGUGGACUUCUGCAAGUUCAGCGUUUGGACGGGCAGCAGUAUCCUGAUAAGAGUACCAGUGCCCGUAUUUUCCUAAAAAUACCUCCAACGGUUAACACAGUAGAAAAAAUCAUUUGUAGUCCCCAUAUUUGCACUCGCGAAACCACGAAGAGAUGGCCCGCGGAAGGAAAUACCCUCAGAUCCGAGAAGAGCUGCCAAAGAUUCCGAGAUGCGAAUAAGUGCAUCGACAGAAGAACCGAUGCAGAGAUGACGACUGAGAUUACAAGAAUAGAGGAAUGCUGUGAAGGGUACGAGACUAAGGAUAUAUUCAGGCAUGGAUGUCCAAAAGAAUCCACAUUGGAAAAUAUAGAAGAUUCGCUAGAGUACAUCAAUUCAUCACUUUGGGACAUUGCAAGCAGAGCAAAUGCGACGGCAGAGCUCAGCAAAAAGAAUGUGACAAUUUUUGUUAGUCCUGAAUAUGAGGACGAGGUUUCGGACGCAGAGUCAUAUCUAGCCAGCAGAAUAGUUCCUGGUACUUACCGCCCAUACGACUGGACGGAUGGUACCGUACUCAAAACCCUCAGUGGAGGAGAACUCAUCAUUUCCCAGUCUGAGGAUGCAUUUGGAACUGUGAAAAGCUAUGUGAAUUGUGUGCCAAUAAAUACCUCAAGCGUUCGAACUCAAACUGGAAUCAUUCACGUAGCGUCGGGUGAUGUGUUACCUGCAGCCGAGACAGUUCUUGCUGCUUUGGAGGCUGAUCCACGAUUUGCUUCGUUUUUGUCGAUACUAUCUGAAGAUCUUCGCGAAUCGCUUUCAUCAAACGAAUCAUCUUUCACUGUGUUUGCUCCAUCAGACAAAGUCCUGUCAUCGCUUUCCGAUUCACUCAUCAGCGAUAUCAAGGAACGAAGAGGAUGCGCUUCAGAUUUUGCGAGAAGCCACGUCGUGAACGGCUCCUUCUGUACUUCGCAAUUAUUCCAUAGACGACUAAAUUCUCUGGCAGGGACUCAGAUCGAUGUCCAUACCCAGAUUAAAAGUGCAGAGCGUGUGACUCACAUCGGACGCGCAAAGAUCAUUGGAGGAGAAGUGUUUGCAAAGAAUGGAGUAGUUCAUCUGAUCGAUGAUGUACUGUUCAGCGAUGAAUUGAUGUCAUGGAAAGAGCAUCUCGACGCGAUCAACAGUGAAAUGGCCAAAUCGCUUGAAGACGUCAUGAAGAACUCUACCGAGCCAAUUACGAUCUUUGUGCCUCACAGUGAUAAUGAUACGGUCUUAAACGCCGAAAUGUCAAAGAAUCACGUGGUCAUCGGAGACGUACUGGAACAUUUCCAACAAGCUUCUACCAUCACAACAGAAGCUGGAUCUAAGAUGUUUACUGGUUUCUCUCGUCACGUCUCACCAAUUUGGAUGAGGAUCUCUGUGCAGCCACAGCGUCGUCGACGUGGGCAAGUUGCCUGCUCUCGAAUCACUUCGGAAAGUGUGAAAGGUUGUCGAGCGGUGCUUCAGUUUAUUGACAAGCCUCUUCCACUUGUUACUGACAACUUUGAAAGCUUCCUUGCGAAAAGAGCAGAUCUGAGCAGAUUCUACAGGCUUUGGCGUGACAGUUCCCUCAAUGCUUCUCUCACCGAUGACAAACCGCUGACAGCAUUUGUUCCAUCGGACGAUGCAUUCUCAACCAAUGAGUUCAAGAAGUUGGCCUCUGAACAAAAACUAGCUGAAACAUUUGUACGGAGACAUAUUGUGGAGGAGCCAUUGUGUAAUUUCGAUUUGCGCCACAGCUCCGGGGAAAUCCGUAUUCAAACCUAUGCUAACUUGAAUGGAGAGGCUUUAAGGCCUAGUCAAACUGAUGGGGAGACAUUUAUAGAUGGAGCACGAAUUGAAGAGUCUGAGAUAGUGCUCACAAAUGGCGUGCUUUACGUCGUGGAGUCUCCAAUAAUUCGGAAUCAGGCGGUCAUUCGUCCAAGCAACAAUAGAAGAAGAACGACAAAUCUUUUUGACAUUAUCCACUGA